AGUGUGCGAUUUAAAAAGAAAUUAUGCAAAUCAGUCCUACAGAACCGUUGGGAACGAUAAAUUGCGCGUCGCAAAACCUUGCAGCCAAACAAUGGCAGUUUAAAGAAGUAUGUUAGAGGAUAACGUUGUUCUUUAUAGCCAACAUUUACUCUUCAAACAUUAUAACGCACCGUAAAGUGGCUCGUAACGUCGAUUGCUGGAUUAUCAACGGAAAUUGAUAAUACUUAUUGCCUUAUUGGUUCACAAGAAGUGCUGCACUUAAUAUAAAUUACGAAUACGCUCGGUCGGAGAAAGUACCCAGUGUUCGCUCGGUAGAAACGCAAGUACCCGCAUCGGGAAAACUCUCUGCAAUGGACUGCAAAAUUUUUAUAAUGUUAGCCGUACUGUCGUCAACCUUGGCAGCUCCUCAGAGCCUCCCAGGCUGGGCUGGCUGGGCGGAGUGGCAGUGCCCCUGCAUGCCGCCCUACGACCCAGUCUGUGCGUCCGACAUGCGUCGCUACACCAACAAGUGCGUCUUCUCGUGUCGACAGGACUAUCUGCAGUCCAUCAACAAGCCAUCACUUACUGUUGUUGACUGUAGCCUUCUUCCCCCUACUCACGAACAAUUCGUCGGUUAAAUGGAAAAGCGACAUAUUUAAAAAAAUAACGAAUUUAAUCUUGUAAAAAAUGUAGUACAAUAUGCAUGAUAUACCUACCCCGCAUCUCACUAAAGUUCAUUCACAACAUUACGUACGUGCCUACCUACAUGUAUGAAAAGGUAUGAGCACUGGGUUAAUCCCGUGUGCGUAAGCAAAUCCACGUAACUGUAUAAA